AUGAGCCGCAUGUCCAGCAGAGAGAGACUUGACAUGGACAACGAAAGAGGUACGUCGAAGGGGCUGAGCUUUAAGCAGAGGAAAGGUUGUUUUAUAGAACGAUGGGUGAUCGGAUUGUUAGCGUUGUUAGCGGUUUGUGUCGCCGUCGCCGUCGGAUUACUAGUCGGAUAUUUGGGUCCCUGUUCCGAAAAUUCUCCCCGAGAUUUGACUUACAUCGACAGACUGGAAGAUCCUAAAGCGGAGAAACUUAAUAAUGCAUCUUCCUUGUACGUUAUGCUUCCUCGUAGUAUCGUGCCGGAACACUACGUCGUCGAACUGAAACCUUACAUAUUUCCUCCCAACUUUACUUUCGACGGAAAGGUUUCUAUAAAUAUUAAAUGUUUGGAAGACACCGAUAACAUAACUCUGCACAUCAAUGACAUCGAGGUACGUAACGACACCGUUAAACUGGAAGGCGAAAGCGAUUUGCCGGAUAUCAGAAAUUUCGACAGGGACGACAAAAGGCAGUUUUUUAUAAUUAAAUUAGAUCGACCGUUAAAAAGUGGCAAAAAGUACACGAUUUCUAUGAAGUUCCGCGGAAAUCUAAACGAUCAACUAGCUGGAUUUUAUAGAAGUUCCUACGAAACUUCCGCCGGAGAGAAAAGUUACGCCGCGAAAUUUGAAGAUUGUAAUUUAACAGAUAUUUGUGAAUUAUUCCCAUAUCGAGAUAAUAUCGAUGACGACGAAGAUCAAACCGAGAAAUGUCGCGAUUCUAAGCAAACCGGCGAAGCAAAAAAAUAUAUAAAUACGAGAAAUAUAUUUUCAACGGACAUUACGAAGUGCGGCAGAAUUCUGAAAAUAAUAAAAAAUAACGAAAAUGUAAAUAAUUUGAAAGAUAUAACCGAACGGCUUUAUCGAGAAUUUCUAGAUAUCUUAGAACUCGAGUGUCGUAAAACAAUAGAAAGUACAUCGGCCGAACUGCGGAAAGAAAUCGAGAAAUGGAAAACCGACGACGCGGACGAAGCUAUUAAAAAACUUACGAGGGAACAUAAUAAUUACGUCAAAAGACUGCAAAAGGAACAUAAGAAGAAGUUACAGCAAGAAGUUAUUAAAAUUGAAAUCGGCACGAAACACGAACUAGAAGUUAGAGUAGAAGAGGAAAAGCGAUCUUCGGAAAGACGGAUAAGGGCCGCCAUGGAAGAGGCCGCGGGACAUUUCGAGUAUCAUUUAAAGACGGCGAUUGGAGAAAUACGAAAGGAAGAGAGAAAAAUUAACGAGGAAAGAUACGAAAUAAUCAAAAAAGACUUGGAAAAGAAGCUGCGAGAUAAGAUUCGUACGUCCGCGGAAUAUAAAAAGAAAUUACUCUGUCGAACCGAGCGGAGAAUACGAAAAGAAACGGAAGAAAGAGUGCAGAAAUGGAGAAAAGAGGAAGAACUGGAAUCGCGAUCGAAAUUAAAUCUUCAAAAAGAGAGAUACGAAAGUCGCGUUAACAAAUUGAGACGUAAAUUACGCGGAAUGGAAAGUGGGACGACGAAUUUGACCCAGCGUCUUAAAGAAGCAAUUAUUGAAAGAACGGAAGCGGAAACGGAAAUGGUCAAGACGAAAGAAUAUUUAGGACAAUUUAUUAAAUUGGCAAACCAGACCCAAGCCGAUUCUCUCGGUAUUAUUAACGUAACACCGACCGAGAGUGGCGGACCUACAUAAAUAGGAAACAAUCCAGCUUAUAUUAAUUUGUCUACGUAAAACGACGCUACUUAUUUCUAGCGGAACAACUCGAUCGCAAUUCUUAGAAUAUUUUCUACUUAAUAUUCCAAUAAAUUUUAAUGUUACCAUUAGAGUAGAAGAUAUGUCGUAUUUUAAUGGCGAAAAUUCAUUUCCGCCAUUAUCGUUUUUUCGCCGGAAAGUAUCUGGCAAUUACAAUAAUUAGCGCCAGAUGGCGACACCAGCGUUGGAUUUAUAAAAAAUCACCACGCUAAAAUAAUUUUACCGCGCUUAAAUUUAAAGCGAAAGCCAUUCUAAAACGAUUUAAUAUUCUUUAAAUUUUAACUUUAAAAAAUUAAAAUAUUUAAAAUACAUAUU